GCCGUCUAGAGUGAGCCCUGUGUGACCGAAGUUUGAAAGUGUUUCGUCCAGACAAAUUUCAGAAUGACGGCAGUCGUUUCUAAAUUUGUCACCCAGACCCUGUGUGACAAUCAGGGUUGUUUAGACUUUCGGCACCUGAAAGACGCCAUCGCUCAAAAAUUCACUGUUGCGGACCAAGUUCUGCGGACCGUCCUCUUCAACGACGGCAGCUUUGCCAUUCAGCCCGGGACACAGAGGGCCCAGGGCGGCCAGUUAUUCAGCCCUGACAGUCUGGUGGUCGCCAAAACCAGUCUCCGAAUCUGUCAGGUCAAAGCUGGGGGUUGUCUAAGGUGUGACGAUUUACACCUUUGCAGGUAUUUUGUUUGCGGAGACUGCACCUUCGGAAUCAAAUGUAAAAAUCCCCAUAGUCUGACUUUUCCACACAAUGCAGAGAUUCUGGGGAAAUAUGGCCUCCAAGACCUGACAGAAAAACAGCUGUUCCAGCUGUUACUACAGAAUGACCCUUUUCUGCUUCCUGAGAUAUGCCCACACUACAACAAGGGCAACGGUGUGCAUGGAUCCUGUAGGUUCAACACUUCCUGCACCAAGCUACACAUGUGCCAGCACUAUUUACAAGGUGACUGUAAGUUUGGUUCAUCAUGCAAGAGAAGCCACGCUAUCGAUGCAAAUGGGAUGAGGCUCUUCAAAGGCUACAGCCAAGAUAAUAUUAAAAACCUCUACAAGAUCUACAGGAAUAAAUCCAUCAUCAUGGGCCAACCAGGGAAACAAGUCACUCCCAUACCAGUACCACUAGAGGUGAAAAUCCCAACUAAUCAUCCUCCCUGCCAAACGUCCCGCAGCAACCCUGGAGCUCCCACCACUUCACCUUGUCCAAAUAAAUCUGAGAAUGAUGCUGACGGCACCGAAAUCUGCCUCUACUCUAUUCGCAGACACUGCCGCUUCAAUGAGAAGUGUGUUCGCGUCCACUGGCAUCUGCCUUACAGAUGGCAGGUUUUAGACAGUGAUGGCGUGACCUGGAAUGACCUGCCUAAUAUGGAGGACAUUGAGAAGGCCUACUGUGACCCCCAAAAUGACAGAAGCUGUACCGAUCAACCUUCAUCUGCCUUAACUCUUUUCAGGUUGCUUUCUUUUCAUAGCUCAGCUUCCCAUGGUGUGAACUCAGUUGAUUUCAUGACAAUGAAGUAUGGAGGGUCUCCUGUUCGCCGCCUGUCCACCGCUUCCUCUGUGUCCAAGCCGCCUCAAUACAUCCUCACAACACAGUGGCUGUGGUACUGGAGGGAAGACAGUGGAGUCUGGCUGGAGUAUGGACAGGAUGGUACCGAAACGCCAGGCUCUGUCAAAUCUGAAACUCUGGAGGCCGUUUACAUGGCAGAUAGAGAUGCAGAGGUUCCCUUUUCAGUUGGAAAACAGCAGUAUAUUCUUCAUUUGAAAGAUGCACAGGGAAACCAGCUGUUACAGAUGUAUCAGCAGAAUUUAAAAUACCAAACCAGAAGACAGGUCAGAAGGAGGCCUCGCUUUGUGUCUGCUCAGGACGUGGAACUGAAGCUAAACAGUUCCAGCUCUGGCUCGUCCACACCUGAGAAUAUCCCGCUACACUGGGACAAGAAUGCCCUGCCUGACUUUGGAUACAAGCUUGUACUUCUCUCCACACAUUCAAAGGAGUACAGCAUGAUUGAGAUGUUGUUUAAAAACACCAUGCCCCAGAGUAAAAUCAACAGCAUACAGAGGAUCCAGAACCCCUCUCUGUGGAAAGUCUUUCAAUGGCAAAAGGAACAGAUGAAGGCGAAGAACGGGGGUAAACCUGUGGAGGAGAAGCAUUUGUUCCAUGGGACAGAUGAGUCCCUGAUCGAGCCCAUCUGUGGGCAAAACUUUGACUGGAGGAUGUGCGGCAUGCACGGGACGGCAUACGGCAAAGGAAGCUACUUUGCUAGGGAUGCCUCCUACUCAGCCAGAUAUUCCACAUCCAAAGGAAACCAGAAGAUCAUGUUUGUUGCUGUGGUGCUGGUGGGGGACUACACCAAAGGAAGCAGCAGCUACGUCCGGCCUCCGUCUAAAAACAGCAAAGCCUUCUAUGACAGUUGUGUCAACAGUAUGGCGGACCCCAGUAUCUUUGUUAUUUUUGAAAAAUACCAGAUUUACCCAGAGUAUGUGAUUAAUUACUUGUAAGUCACAGAGACGAUGUCAGCUUUUCUCAUAACAUUUGACCUUGGUAGGUCCUAGUUGCACAGUUUGUGGGCCAACUAUAUUUAGACCAGUUUUCAGUACAGUCAGUAUAAUAUUCAGUGUUCUGUGGUGAUUGUGUGUAUCACUAAAUCAGCUUUUAGUUGUAUGGCAAAUUGGUUACAAAUCAUCACUUGUGUGUGCUGCAUGUUAUUUUUUUGACCUGUAAUUCAAAAUCUCAUCUCAAUAAAUUACUAUAGUUACACAAA